UAUCAAUAUCAAUGCUAGCAACGCUAAGUCGUGAUCUUCGCAACGCCCUUAUCUUUUUCUCCCUUCCUCUCUUUGUCCCACUAUCUUGUCUUUCCGCGCAACGCGGUCAAGUCUUGGUGCUGUAUUACCUGCACACACAAACAAGCAAGCUAGGCUGGUCGGCGAACCUAUUGUACUUGGCUUGUUUUUGUCUUCCCAAUGCCUUUAUAUCUUUCAUAGCUGUCGGCGUGGAGGUAAGGGGGAACUGGGAACAACGAUGGCUGCUCCCGCGAAGGAGAUGCUUUCCUCGUUGCUAUUGCGGUCGGGACAGGCCGCUCAACACGUCAACUCAGCGCGUUUUGAUUCGAACGAUCACACCCCGCCCCCUGAUCCUAUGAGCCGCAAUUAUGGUCAACAGCGACGUGCCACUGCCGAUUUCACCGAGGCCGACGAGGACGAGGACGAGGACGAGGAAGAAGAGGAUGAGGAUGAAAACGCAGACGACUUCGACCUCAACGAUAGGCCGUCUGGGCGUCGAUUAAGUCGACCAUUUCGAGAAACGAAUGCGCGUAGGAAUUCGGCUUCGAUUAUACCACUGUUCUCUGCUACCUACCUUGAUUCUAUCCCCAUUUAUAAUGUCGUUCAUGCAAUUAGAAUAAUUGUCCAAGCAAGAACUGAGACUACGUUGACGUGGGAUCAAAUUCGAUCACCCCAAGUUUCUCAAUUCCUAGUCAAACCUAUGCAACAGCAGAUCCGGACCCAACAUUUUAGUCGUGUGACGCUGUACGCUUUAAUGGCGAACUGCCUCCAAUUUGCGAAGGAGGGACAGCUAUACCCGGGUAACGCAGGUACGAGUAUGACGCGAGCGAGGGUCUGUGAAAUUCUCGCCUUGAAAUUAUUGAAGGAAUACAGUACGAGGGAGCUGAUUGAUGCUUUGUCCUACGACUUCUACCCGCUCCAAGGAGCCCCCGAGACACCGACGACGCAUGUAAAGUCCCCCGACAGCAAGAACCGCCCAUCUGUAGCCCGAUCUUCCACGCUCGAGGUAGCUAUCCGUGCUUCCGCCAAGCACUUCCUAGCCCACCCACUCGUGGUUCAACAACUCGAGGCCAUUUGGAACGGUGCUAUCAGCUUCUAUUCGUCCCAAGACAACCUUCAUCGGAUUAUGUCCAAGCCCCCAACUCCAAGUGGGAACGCCCAAAACGGCCCAGCGGGAGUUCGAACACCGCUACUCGGCCACCAAGUUGCUAAAGAGCAACUGUCUCAAUUACCGCUACAUCAGAUACCUGUACGACGAACGGUAAAUCUGUACGACCCACGCCAAGCUUCUCCUUUGAAGUUAUCUCGCCUCCGCGUUCCUCGCUAUAGACAGUUUCUAUCAACAUGCUCCUUAUUUGCCCUAAUAUGUUUAUUUUUAGCAGUUCUGAUAGAACGCUCUAGUCGCAUUACCGAACUAGAAUUAGUAUUCUGGUUUUGGAGUGCGGGCUUCAUGCUUGAUGAAGUUGUUGGUUUCAACGAGCAAGGUUUUUCCUUGUAUAUCAUGAGCUUUUGGAAUAUUUUCGAUCUCGGCAUUCUACUCUUACUCAUCGUAUAUUACUGUUUGAGAGUAUAUGCUGUGUUUGUCGUUGACCCCUAUCGUUGGAAUGAGAUGGCAUAUGAUGUUCUAGCAGCGAACGCCAUACUCUUGUUGCCACGUAUCUUCAGUGUGUUAGAUCACUAUCGAUACUUUUCACAGCUUCUGAUUGCCUUUCGGCUCAUGGCGGUGGAUCUUGCGGCUGUCUUCGUUCUCGUCCUAAUCAGUUGUUCUGGGUUCUUUGUGUUCUUUACACUCUCUAGCAACCAAAAUGCCGCACCAGAGGUUGCUUACAAGAUCUUCCAGAUUCUCAUGGGGUUCACGCCAGCUGCGUGGGAUGUAUGGCCGGAGUAUACUUUCUUAGGCAAGACGCUACUAGCGGCUUUUCUCAUUAUAUGCCAUUUCCUCGUCGUUACAAUACUGAUCACCGUACUGACAAAUUCCUUCACGGCAAUCGUAUCGAACGCGAAUGAGGAGCACCAGUUCUUGUUUGCGAUCAAUACUAUAUCUAUGGUCAAGAACGACGCAAUGUUCUCUUAUGUCGCGCCAGGCAAUAUCCUCGCUUGGAUCUUGACGCCGUUACGAUACGUAAUGUCUAUAAAGCAGUUUGUGAUUUUGAACCGCACGGUCAUUAAAUUGACCCAUUUUCCUCUUCUAUUUUGCAUAUUCAUUUAUGAAAAAUACUUUCUCGCCCCGUCGAUUUACGAGCCGACGGAUCUGGUCGAGCAUCAAGGGCGCCGUAAAACAAGGGGGAUAUCAUUCACCGACCUUGCUAGUAGGGGAACGGCCCUUUUCAGCCCAAGCAUGAAGACACGUGAGGAAUCGAUUGCUGGAUUUCAAAAAGACCGUGCCCUGGAAGAGGUCUUCCGUCGACUUCCUGAUGCCGGCACAAUACGGAGCCAGAGAAGACAAGAAAGGAGGAAGACGCAGACAGCUAUUCGCAAUUGGAUGGAACAAAAUGACGAGAUUGGUGAGCGUCUCUCUCAUUGGCCUACGAUUGAUAGUCGUCGGAGCCUUUCUCAACGACGAAUGAGCAUGAGCCGUGAUUUUCCUAGGAGAUCCAGGCAUGUCUCUGACAUUCGAUCGGCUGCAAGUGACCCUGCCGACCUUGUGUCGAAUAGCGGCUUUCCUGGCUCUAAUGUUAGGGAACUCAACGGUCAAAUUGAUGAACAACAGGCACGAUAUAGGGACCAGACAGAAGCAGAUGGCGAUGAUGAAUUCGUAACAAACGAUGAGGAGGAAGAUGAGAUGAUAAACGCAAGCCACCGUGACAGCAAUGCUAGUCCACGAGAGCGUGAAGACUAUUUCACGUCCUCUCUAGGCUUGAGGCGUGAGGUAUUAGUUCCGUCGUCUUUGGGUUCUUCCUCACACCAACAGAGUAUGGCCGUAACAUCACCUAGAACUAGCAAUACACCUCGUCGCCAAGGUCUCCACAGCCGCACACUUUCCACAAAUACAAUCCUUUACGCCCCACAAGGACCUAAUCACUUCGAAGCAAGUCCAUCCUUGAUCUCGGAAGAGCCAUUGGGUGCGAGCUCCCGCCCGCGAACCAGCCGACUGGCUACAGCUGCAGCUGCAGAGUCAUCCGUACCAAGCGGCACACGUUCGCCGCGGAGGACGCAAAAUAGACCGCCCCCGGCAACGCGGCCGAGACCGAUCCCCGCAAGAUCGGUACCUAAUCGCUCUAUCCUCCACAAUGCUGUUCCAAGAAUCCGACGCCUUUCAUCUGUUGAUGGGGCCAUUAGUUCUGAUAUAGGGUUGGAUGUGACUAAUGAGUUUGGUGCGGUGCCCUCAUCAUUCGCAACACAAAUGGCUAUGGCCACUGGCCAGCUGAAGGUGCUGAAUCAAAGCAGUCAAGAACGCGAGGAUUCAGAUAGAAUCAGCCGGUUAAUUUUGGCUAGGAUGAAGAACCUCGAAGAGAACUUUGCAGAUGCUAUGAAGGAGAUUCGAGCGCGAAGUGCAGCGCCCACGGCACAGAAUUCAGAAGAUGAAGGCGGUUGGAGAACAGGUACGAGUGGCGAAAGGCCACCGAGCAGAAAGAGAGCAUCAGGGGUAAAGAGCAAGAGUGAGGGAAGCCGGCCGGUGAGUAAUAGGGAACAAAAGGAUGGCUUGGAGACGGUUAUUCCAAGGAGUCAUCGGUCCAAGGGGAAAGGGAAGGAAGUCGCGGGGACAACAAGCGCUGGCGAGCUGGAGGGUGAAUCGGUGACGGAAUGGCCCAAGAGGGGAAGCUCCGUAUAAGCGGCGUUCUAAGUAGAUUCUGCCAG